GAACUCCACGGAAGUGGGAGCAGUGUCUGGUCAUGCCCUGUACUGUCUGUAGUCUCUGGUCAUCUGUACUGUCUGCAGUCUCUGGUCAUCCCCUGUACUAUGUCCACAGUCUCUGGUCAUCUCCUGUACUGUGUCCUGCAGUCUCUGGUCCAUCUCCUGUACUAUGUCUGCAGUCUCUGGUCAUCUCCUGUAGUAUGUCUGCAGUCUCUGGUCAUCCCCUGUACUGUCUGCAGUCUCUGGUCAUCUGUACUGUCCGCAGUCUCUGGUCAUCUCCUGUACUGUCCGCAGUCUCUGGUCAUCUCCUGUACUGUCUGCAGUCUCUGAUCAUCUCCUGUACUGUCCGCAGUCUCUGGUCAUCCCCUGUACUGUCUGCAGUCUCUGGUCAUCCCCUGUACUAUGUUCUGCAGUCUCUGGUCAUCUCCUGUACUGUGUCCACAGUCUCUGGUCCAUCUCCUGUACUAUGUCUGCAGUCUCUGGUCAUCUCCUGUAGUAUGUCUGCAGUCUCUGGUCAUCUCCUGUACUGUGUCCACAGUCUCUGGUCCAUCUCC